GCAGAUCUCCGAAUGAUGUCAAUUACUGAAUACGCCCGGCCUUGCAAGACCAUUAAGAACGCACGGUUUGGACUCGUUCAGUCGGGCUGUGACAAAGACAAGGUCAUGGCGAAUACAAAGGGAUCUUACGAUCUUUGGGGAAAAUCAGGGGGCGAUACGAUAAAAAGAGAUGUGAGCGCCCGGUCAGCGGACGCCUACCAGAGUCACAAUGAUGAACGGAACCAGACGGCACCAGACGUGGAGGAGAGGGGUCAAUGGGGCAGCAAGGCGGAGUUCGUUCUGUCCUGUAUCGGACUGUCGGUUGGGCUGGGCAACGUCUGGAGGUUCCCCUACCUGGCUUACAAAAAUGGCGGGGCCGCCUUCCUGAUCGCCUAUCUGGUCCUGCAGCUGCUGAUAGGGAAACCCAUGUACUUCAUGGAGCUGGUCAUGGGGCAGUUCUCGGGGAAAGGACCCACAGGCGUCUGGGAGAUGAACCCCAGCGCUAAGGGUAUUGGUAUCGCCAUGGUGAUCAUCUCCCUCGACGUCGCCAUCUACUACAACGUCAUCAUGGCCUACACCCUCUUUUACUUCUUCUCCUCCAUGCAGGCCGUGCUGCCAUGGACGAAGUGUAAAGAGGAAUGGAUCGCAUUGGGAUGCGUGGAACAGAGGAGAAAGGCGCCGCCAUUUUGUACCUUGAACGCUACAAUAAAUGAGAUGAUGUCCGAGUGCGCCUGCACCAAAAAUGAAACCAUUGACAGCUUGCUGACUGUCAACUGUACGAACCUCACGUACACAGGCUUGCCAAAGUCGUCAGCUGAGUUUUUCUUCAACGAGGAGGUGAUUCAACGGUCCGCCGGGCUCGAACCUGAGAACAUGGGAGCGCCGUUAUGGAAGCUGUCACUCUGUCUACUGCUGUCAUGGAUAGUAGUCGUACUCUGCCUUAUAAAAGGUGUUAAGUCCUCAGGCAAGGUUGUAUAUUUCACAGCUACUUUCCCCUAUAUAGUUUUACUCAUCCUGUUGGUGCGAGGGGCGUUACUCGAUGGUGCCAUUGACGGGGUCAAGUUUUUCAUUAUACCAGAGUGGUCAAAGCUGCUUGAUAUAGAGGUGUGGGUUGCCGCUGCAGGACAGAUGUUCUUCUCGCUGUCGGUGUCCUUUGGUGGGAUCCUCAUGUUUGGCAGUUACAACAAGUUCAAUAACAACGUGUAUGGCGACGCGUUACUUAUAAGUGUCAUGGACCUAGUGACAAGCAUUAUAGCAGGUUUUGUCAUAUUCACUACUUUUGGUGGAAUGGCAAAAACCAUCGGGGCCAACGUCACCGACGUUGCUGAAGCAGGGUAUGGACUUGCGUUCGUGGCCUACCCGGAAGCGUUGUCCAAUUUCCCCCUUCCUCAGCUGUGGUCAGUCAUCUUCUUCUUCAUGCUGUUCACACUGGGACUGGACAGCGAGUUUGGUCUGAUGGAGACAGUGUUGACCUGCAUCCAGGAUGAGUUCCCUCAUCUCCGGAAGUACAAGAGCUGGCUGUGCGUCGGUCUCGGAGCCGGCUGCUACUUCCUAGCUCUUCCCUGCGUCUGUCCGGGGGGCGACUACGUUGUGACGUUGAUGAACGACUUCGGCGCCGACUUCUCUGUCUUGGUGGUGGCGUGCUUCGAGUGUAUCGCCGUCAUGUGGGUGUAUGGCGUGAUGCGCUUUAUGAAGGAUAUCGAAUUCAUGCUGGGGAGCAAGCCCCACGUCUGGCCUUACUGGGUGUUCUGUUGGGCCGUGGCUUCUCCGUUCCUUAUCGGGGCCAUGUUCAUAUACAGGAUGGUGAAGUUCACACCACCUACCUACCCGAAUAAGAUGGCCUACCCGGUGUUUGCCCAGAUAUUAGGAUGGGUACUGGCUGCCGUUGUCAUCAUUCCCAUCCCUGCCUGGUUCUUCUACAUCUUGUUGAAAACACCAGGCUCACUGACAGAGCGAUUCAGAAAAAUAUUCAACCCAACACCUAAAUGGGGUCCUGCUGACAGAGCCGAGAGCUACCGAGUCAGUCCAAAAGACUACCCCAUGAAAGGAAACGUCAACCCAGGCUUCUCCCAGUAACAUCAACCGUUGACUAUUGAUUUCUUAAGUUGGGCAUGUUGUUUUGGUAGUGUAGGUUAGAACUGACUUGCCUCUACUGCUAGAAAACAACACGCUUGCGGUCACUCAGGUACAGGAAACGUCAAAGAAGCUCUUGCACCAAUUGACUCCAUGGUAAAGCGGUUUACGCGAGACGCUUCGGAUACGAUAUGUGCAUUCUAUACCGAUGAACAUCAUAAUAGAUAUAUCGAUAAUCUAUGCAUUGUACAAUUAAAUCGAAAAAAGAUUAAUUAGUUUGCAAAGCGGUUAUCCGUGCCUCGCCCAAAGGAUCUUUAGCUUAAAUAUAUUUUUGGGGUUUAACUGUUACGAAAGUUUGAUUUUUAUGUUGUUAAUAAAGUGUUAAUCUUGUUGUUCCAACCUUCAAAAAACAAUUUCACUGUAAGCUUUUGUUAUUACAUAUGUAAUUUCAAGCUGGUACCUGAUGUAAGGUGUCAAGAAUAUCAAAUAACAUAAUGACCAUGUGGAUAUUGUUUAUCAUAACUUUUGCAGUUGUUCGCGGCGAACCAGUAACAUUGUUCUUCGUUAUAGCGUAAAGCAUAAUGGCUUGCAAGUUUUACUAUGCUUCUUUUCAUUUUGAAGUUUCACAUGUAGAUUCGAAACCUGUAUAUUUCAUAUGAAACUGUCUGAGUUUCAAAUCGUUAUUGGAUGUUACAUUGUCUCAAACUGGUGAUGAAUCCGGCGAGUAUAACCAUCUAAUUCCCAGGACUUUUGCCCUCUAUUCGGAGAAAUAUUACCUUCUAAGUGGUAGGAAUAUAAAAUGAAAACAUGGGGUUUAGCAUCAUAGUGUAUUCUAUGCAGUCUAGAUGUACAGACUGAGAUACCAUGCCGCAGUUUAACAUGAAUACCCCAGUAUACUGACUCCGAGCCGACCAGUCCUUGUUUUAGCCCCUUAAUGCCGAGCGCCAGACAGGGUAACAACAAGUACAAUUUUUUAACGUCUUUUGGUAUGACGCGGCCGGGGAUCGAACCCCGGACCUUCCGCUCUCCGGGCGGACGCUCUACCACUGGACCACGGAGGCGGUCACCAAUAAUUACAAGGACUAUGAUAUACUCACAGACUCUAAGCACACGGUAUAUUGUCAUUGAUCCGGAUGUAAUGUCAAUAAUAUAGGACUUGGUGCUGAAUUGCCUUUUUAGUUUAAAAAACCUAUCCUCGUCAGUCAGGGAAGGUGUGUUUGAGUGAGUGAGUAUGGUUUUACGCUGCUUUUAGCAAUAUUCCAGCAAUAUCACAGCGGGGGGUUACCCGAGAUGGGCUUCACACAUUGUACCCAUGUGGGGAAUCGAACCCGUGUCUUCGGCGUGACGAACGAACGCUUUAACCACUCGGCUACCCGAGAAGUGUUUUUUGAACGUCCCUCGGCCAAUAGGGUAGCGCUUCUUUAGUCGUAUGAGAAAACAAUUAAUAUACUGUGUGUCUCGGGGCGCAGUUCGUUCCUAGGUGUGACGGGAAGAAUAAAUUGAGAUGAAAACAUGAAACAUUAUUUUCUUACAGUACAUCCUAAACUGCUUCUUUAUCCGUCACUUUAAAGGUGUCCAUUUUCUGGUGAAGGAGAGACGAAUAUGAAUAGCCCAAAGACAUUGACGGUUUGGGGUCAGCUUUCUUAUCAAAUUGGACAAUGUAUUCUAGAUAUAUUUUUUUCAAAUGGCUCGUGUAUCAAAAUGUUUAUAUAAUCUGCCGUCGUAGUGACUGAAAAAUAACAUGGCUGUUUUGGGAAUAUUUGUUGAUAUGAUUAAAAUAAUCUGAACCUGAAAAAAGGCGUGAGUGAAAAAGUUUUCAAUUAACUUUAUUCAACGUUAAAUUGAUAUCGAAUUAUUAGAAACGUGUUUAUUUUUGUUUUGCAAUGUUUAAACGCUAUUCCAACGUGUCAUCCAUGCAUGUCCUGUUUCAUCCAACUUUCCGAUUUAUGCACAUACAGAUGACCCUCGUUAAUCCGGACAUUACAGACCCGGGUAAAAUCGCUGAGAAGGCGGGUUUCCGGAUUAACGGAGUUAUUUCUGUAUUCACAUUAUAGCAAUAUCAUAUCAACGCCAUUUUACAAGAUAUCAAAUAAUGUAUAUGUGUCUGUGAAUUUACCUUUGUCUUUUCAAUGAAAUGCUCAACAUAUAAAUAUAUGUACAUCCAGGAAAUAUCACCAUACCAUAUCAUGAUUUAACGAUUGUAUGAAUAUUAUAAUAAUUGUGUACUUUAUUUUUAUACUACAGUGUACAAUAAAUGUUUUCUGAAAUGA